AUGAGUCAGACAAGCAAUAACAAGCAGUCUUCUCAUAAAAGACCAUCAACAUCAUUGGAUGAAUCCUCUUCUAUUAGUGCAGGUGGUAGCAGUACAUCAACAUCGAAUGACUUUUUAUGUUCAUUGCGAUAUGACAACACAUUACCAGACCUUUCUUUUGAACCAAAGUUUAUGAAGAUACAAACAGACUUUACCAAAUUCACUAGUUAUAGACCAACAUCAUUAGAGAGAAACUAUAAACAACAACUAUUGACAGAUCCUCAUAUGGGUAUUCCUAUAGAUUUAAUUGAUCUAUCUCAAUAUGCUUCAUUAAAAUCAAAUAACAACAAUAAUAAUAAUAAUAAUAGUAAUAACAACAACAACAACAACAACAACAACAACAACAACAACAACAACAACAACAACAAUGGAAAUAGUAGCAACAUUUCACAAUUCCUAAAAGACGAUCAAAUGUUACUCCAAUCAAUCGAUUCAAUGUCAUCUUCAAUUGGAGGUUCUGGUGUUGACAAUGAUCAACAUGCAGGUAAUGGUAGCAGCAGUGGUGGUAAUGGUAGCAUGGGCGGAGUAAAUGGAGAUGCUAUGAUAUUAGGAAAGUCAUUGGAAGGAAGAAAAACAACAAGAGCAUCAAUAAGACCAUCGGUGGCAUGGUUAAGAAAGACAGAGUAUCUUUCUACAAACGAGACAUUAUUGGGAAGACCAACAAAGCGUCAAUCGGUUGGAAGUGGAUCAUCGUCGCCCAAUGUAAAUGGAAAUCAAUCAUCAACAACUUCAGCAACAGCCACCGCAGCAGCAGAGACUGAUGAAGAGAUUGUUGAAAACACCUUUUACAACAUUAAAAAUGCUUCACAAUUUGUUCAUCCAUCGGGUAGAACCGAUAUCAAACCAGUUAGCAUAUUGCCAGUAUUCCCAGACUUUGAAAUGUGGUCCAACAGUUACACAGAAGUUUCUUUUGAUGCCGACCCAUUGGAUCUUCCACCAGCCUCACUCAAAGGACAAGAUUUUAGCAACUACAUUGCCAAACAACAACAAAUCCGUAACAAGGGUAUUAUCAGAGGAAUCACUGAUAAAUUUGUUUAUUUCAUUGCACCAAAGAACGAAUUGGAAGAGAACAACAAUAACAGAGAAAAAGAUGAAACACCUGGCGAUUACAAAAUGUACAGAGUAUUUACAAACGAUAUCUUUGUUCAAGAAAAUAAUGAAAACUACUUUAUGAUUGUAAAAGAUGAUGCCGUAUAUUAUAAUAGAUUAAAUACUAGAGUCAAUCUAAAGAGAGUCAAAUCAAGAGACGAUAAGAUUUUAGAAAAGAGAACUAUUGGAAGACCAGAAUAUGUAACUUAUAAUACAAGAGAAUUGACAGAGGAAGAAAAAAGAGAUAAAGCAAUCAAGUUGACAAAAUUAUUGGAACAAGAAAAAUCAGAUCUUUUGAUUUAA